AUGCCGGUGUAAAAACGCCAAAUCCUCUACUGUGAUUAGAAGAACCUCAAGCUGUCAAAAUUUUGUUUACAUUUUCAUUCGAUUAUUUGACAAUGGGUUUUGACAACUGAGAGUAUUUUGACAGAAAGCUGCAUUUUUUUUUUCAUUACACAACUUUUUCGGCUGGUAUCGGGUUGGUUACUUAUCAUUGUCCGUUUACAAUUCAUCCUACAAAAUAAAAUGUUCCGCAAAUUGACAGUAGUACCAACCAUUUUCGCUGCAGUGGCUGUUCAGCAAGCUAAUGAGCCUGCCAAACAACAGGAUGAAAAACCCCAUUACAACUGUAAGCCCAGUGAGCUGCCCUUGUAUGCCCCACUGCAUUCCUUUGAUGAGCCCAAGAGAAGACCCCAUCCUCCAAAGGAAUCAGAACUUCGUAAUGCCAUAGAAGGUGGUGUUCGUGCUAUACGUACCGAAAUUCAAGCCGGAUACAAAGCUUUGGAAAAGCAAACAGACACUGUAAACGACUACAUUAACACAGCAAAGGAGCACACACAGUCUACUAUCGAUUACUUGAAUCAGCCACAUAAUGUGAUGCCACGCACUGGUGCCAUAGCCAUGGGCGGCUUGUCUGGUUUCAUUUUUGCUGCUAGAGGUGGUUUCAUCAAGAAGGUAGUCUACACUACCGUCGGCGCUGGUGCAAUAGCUUCUAUGUGUUAUCCCCGUCAGGCAGAACAGUUUGCCAAGGAGGCACUCUUCGAAGCACGCAAAGGCUACGCUAUUGCCUACAAUUUUGUGAAGGGUGUUAAACCAGGCGAAGAAGUGCCUGUAGAACCCAUUAGCAAAUUCCCCACAACCUUAGAAGAUGUUAAGUUCAUGGUGUUCGAUUUGUACGACGAAGCCAAGGAGGCAUUAUUCCCCAAGAAGAAAUAAUUUUCUUCUGCAGCGAACAUUUGUGGUUGAUUAGUCGUAUAAAUGCGUAAAUUCUGUGUGCUGUUAAUUAAAUUAAAUAGUUCGAGAGAAAUGAAACGAUAAUAAAAAAAAAUUCAAAAUUUGUAAAGAA